AUGGGGAUAGCUAUUCUAAACGCGGAUGGGGAUGGGAUGGUGUUCCCUGCCCCAAGCCUCCCCAUUGCCAUCCCUAGUUGCAAGGGCAGCGUUGCUUCCCGUGAAAUUCCGCAAGAAAUCAACAACCUUCUUAUUUUGGAGUUAUUAGCACUGGAAAAUACCAACCUCAUUGGUCUCAUUCCAUCUUCCAUAUUUAACAUCACUUCUUUGAAAAACCUUAAUCUUCUUGAAAAUAACUUGACAGACUCUAUCUCAAAUGCUUCUCAACUCACUUCUCUAGACCUCAGAUUGAAUGCAUUCACCGGCUCAAUUCCCAACUCACUUGGUAAUUUGGCACGACUUCAACAUCUAGGCUUGGGAAUGAACUAUUUCGUCGGUGAUUCUUCUUCGUCUACAGAAUUGAGCUUCCUCGAUUCUUUGACCAAUUGCAGACACUUAAGAAGAUUAUGGGUUGAUGAAAAUCCCCUAAAUGGUAUCCUUCCAGCUUCCAUCGCCAAUCUCUCCAGUUCCCUUGAAAAUAUAGAUGCGGGUUCAUGUGGAAUCAAGGGAAACAUUCCUGAUGGAAUUGGUAAUUUAAGCAAUUUGAUUUUCUUAAAUCUUCCAGAAAAUGACUUGAGUGGCCUUAUUCCAACAACGAUCAAAGGAUUAAGGAAACUUCAGGUAUUAAAUCUUGGGGAAAACAGAAUUCAAGGAUUCACUCCAGAGGAUCUCUGCAAUUUACUAAACCUGGGUGCAUUGCGCUUUAACAAAAAUAAUUUUUCUGGCUCCAUACCGGCAUGCUUAGGGAAUAUUACUUCCUUAAUAUAUCUAUAUCUACAUUCUAACAUAUUAACUUCUAGCAUACCAACCUCCUUUUGGAGCCUCACAGAUCUUUUGGUGUUGGACCUAUCCUCAAAUUCUUUAAGUGGCCGUUUGUCCCCAGAAAUUGGAAACUUAAAGUCCGCGACAGUAAUAGAUCUAUCAAUGAAUCAAUUCUCAGGUGAUAUCCCAAGCACCAUUGCAGGUCUGCAAAUGUUGAUUCAUCUACCUUUGUCUCGUAAUAUUAUACACGGGCCCAUUCCUGAGUCAUUUGGCAACUUGAUAAAUUUGGAAUUCUUGGAUCUGUCACAAAACAACCUCUCCGGUAUGAUCCCCAAGUCAUUAGAGGCACUCUUGUAUCUUAAAUAUUUCAAUGCAUCUUUUAAUAGACUGAAGGGAGAAAUUCCAACUGGAGGUGCUUUCGCAAACUUCACAUAUUAA